AUGAGUGAUGAUGGUCAACGUAGUCGUCCAGAUGACAGAAGAAGUUAUCGCUCAAAACCUAGUAACGAUUCAUAUGUUUCUUCGAGUAGAUAUGACCGCCCCGACAGAGGAUACCGUAAUGAUAACGGGUAUCGUAGAGAUGAUAGAAGAAACGACAAAAGAUAUGAUGAUCAUCGUGGAUACCACGGUUCUAGAGACACUGGUAGGUUUCAAAGAUCAGGAGGUAGAGGUAGAAUGGAUAGAAGAAGUGACAAAGGUGAUUACGGUCCUGUAUUAGCAAGAGAAUUGGAUAGUACUUACGAAGAGAAAGUGAAUAGAAACUAUUCCAAUAGUAUAUUCGUCGGAAACUUAACAUACGAUUGUACUCCAGAAGAUUUAAGAGAAUAUUUCUCUGGUAUCGGUGAAGUGGUACGUGCAGAUAUCAUUACAUCAAAAGGUCAUCAUAGAGGAAUGGGGACCGUCGAAUUCACGAAUUCCAAAGAUGUUGAAGAUGCCAUUCGUCAAUAUGAUGGUUCAUAUUUUUUGGACCGUCAAAUAUUUGUUAGACAAGAUAAUCCACCACCUGAUGGUGGACGUAGUUCAAGAAGAUCCGACGAAUCUAUUUCCUCAUCACGCGGUUACCAAGACAAAUCAUCAUCAUCGUAUGAUAGAGCACCCUCAACUAGACAGCCAAAUCGCCAAGGAUACAAGGUUUUCAUUGCCAAUUUACCAUUUUCUAUCAACUGGCAAGCUUUAAAGGAUAUGUUUAAAGAAUUUGGUGAUGUUUUACGCGCCGAUAUCGAAUUAGAUUCUCGUGGUCGUUCUAGAGGUUUUGGUACAGUUAUUUUACGUGAAAAGAGUGCAAUGGAAAAGGCUAUUGCAACGCUUAAUGGUACUGAAAUGGAAGGAAGGAGGAUAGAUGUCAAAGAAGGUUAUUCCAACCGUCAAGAUCCAAGCGAUUAUAAAUAUGGAAAUGACUACAGGAAUGACAUUAAUACUGCUCCAAAUCACGACCAAUCAAGAAUGGAUGUUGAUGAAGAUAAUCAAAUGCCAAAUAUUGAGACGGAACAAAAUCCAGUUGGCGCAAGAGCUAUUCCAACUCAACCUAGUUAUGCUCCUCCAAUUCUUAAAAAUUCUACUUUCACAGAAAAUGUUACUGGCAGCGGUGAACGUAACCAUUUAAUUUACUGUAAUAACCUACCAGCCUCCACAGCAAGAAGUGAUUUAUACGAUUUAUUCGAAAGUAUCGGUAGAAUCAGCAAUGCAGAAUUGAAAUAUAAUGACAAAGGUGAACCUACAAGUGAAGCUGUCGUAGAAUAUAUCAAUUUAGAAGACGCUGAUGUUUGUAUUGAAAGACUGAACGGUUACAAUUAUGGUGGUUGCGAGUUACAAAUAUCGUAUGGUAAACGUUCUUAA